GGCGGGGCGGAGCGCGGCUGGGGCGGGGACAUCGGGACUGCGGCGGCGCGGACAGCAGCGCAGACGGGGACCACAGCGGCCCAGGGUCGGUCUGGGGUUCUAGCAGCCGGCCCUGUGCACCCAGCCGGCUUCGGAGAAGAUGCCGGAACAGAGCAACGACUACCGCGUGGUUGUGUUUGGUGCAGGCGGGGUGGGCAAGAGCUCGCUGGUGCUCCGCUUUGUGAAGGGGACGUUCCGUGACACCUACAUCCCUACCAUAGAGGACACGUACCGACAGGUGAUCAGCUGUGACAAGAGCGUGUGCACACUGCAGAUUACGGACACAACCGGCAGCCACCAGUUCCCUGCCAUGCAGCGGCUGUCCAUCUCCAAGGGCCAUGCCUUCAUCCUGGUGUUCUCGGUGACCAGCAAGCAAUCGCUGGACGAGCUGAGCCCCAUCUACAAGCUGAUCGUGCAGAUCAAGGGCAGCGUGGAGGACAUCCCCAUUAUGCUGGUGGGGAACAAGUGCGACGAGACGCAGCGGGAGGUGCACACCCGCGAGGCGCAGGCCGUGGCACAGGAGUGGAAGUGCGCCUUCAUGGAGACCUCGGCCAAGAUGAACUACAACGUGAAGGAGCUGUUCCAGGAGCUGCUGACGCUCGAGACACGCCGCAGCGUCAGCCUCAGCGUGGACGGCAAGCGCUCCAGCAAGCAGAAGAGGGCUGACCGCAUCAAGGGCAAGUGUGCGCUCAUGUGAGCCGGCCAAAACCGGCUAGGGCCUCCAGGGCUCCUGCUCCCCUCCCCCUCCCUCUUUCCCUCCCUCCCUCCCUUUCUCCUCCUUCCCUCCUUCUCUUGCUCCUUCUCUCUACUCCCCUUCUUCCCUCCCUCUCCCUCCUCCCCUCUCCUUCUGCUCCUC